CUCCAUUCCACCAUCCCACCCCGCACCGUCCUAUUCCUCUCUCUCUCUCUGCCCAACUCCCCCAAAUCCCACCCCAAUCUUGCCUCCAUCUUUCCCUCUCCCCUACACUCUCUCUCUCUCUACCCCCUUCCAAAUCUCCUCUCCCCCUUUACUCUCUCUCUCUCUCUUUCACACACUCUCUCUCUCUCUAAAUAGCACUCCUCCCUCUCCUCUCCAUCUCCCGCAAUGUCUCACCAAAACCCCCCCCUUCCCUCUCAUCUCCCAAAUCUCCCCCUCCCCUCUCUCUGUCACCAAACUCUCCCCCUCCCCUCUCUCUCUGUCUCCGAAAUCUCCCCCUCCCCUCCCUCUUUCACCGAAAUCUCCCUCUCCCCUCUCUCUGUCCCUGAAAUCUCCCUCUCCCCUCCCUCUUUCACCGAAAUCUCCCCCUCCCCUCUCUCUGUCACCGAAAUCUCCCUCUCCCCUCCCUCUUUCACCGAAAUCUCCCCCUCCCCUCCCUCUUUCACCGAAAUCUCCCCCUCCCCUCCCUCUUUCACCGAAAUCUCCCUCUCCCCUCUCUCUUUCACCGAAAUCUCCCUCUCCCCUCUCUCUUUCACUGAAAUCUCCCUCUCCCCUCCCUCUUUCACCGAAAUCUCCCCCUCCCCUCCCUCUUUCACCGAAAUCUCCCCCUCCCCUCCCUCUGUCACCGAAAUCUCCCCCUCCCCUCCCUCUUUCACCGAAAUCUCCCCCUCCCCUCUCUCUUUCACCGAAAUCUCCCCCUCCCCUCCCUCUUUCACCGAAAUCUCCCUCUCCCCUCCCUCUUUCACCGAAAUCUCCCCCUCCCCUCCCUCUUUCACCGAAAUCUCCCUCUCCCCUCCCUCUUUCACCGAAAUCUCCCCCUCCCCUCCCUCUUUCACCGAAAUCUCCCCCUCCCCUCCCUCUUUCACCGAAAUCUCCCUCUCCCCUCUCUCUUUCACCGAAAUCUCCCCCUCCCCUCCCUCUUUCACCGAAAUCUCCCCCUCCCCUCCCUCUUUCACCGAAAUCUCCCUCUCCCCUCCCUCUUUCACCGAAAUCUCCCCCUCCCCUCCCUCUUUCACCGAAAUCUCCCCCUCCCCUCCCUCUUUCACCGAAAUCUCCCUCCCCCCUCUCUCUUUCACCGAAAUCUCCCUCUCCCCUCCCUCUUUCACCGAAAUCUCCCUCUCCCCUCUCUCUGUCUCCGAAAUCUCCCUCUCCCCUCCCUCUUUCACCGAAAUCUCCCCCUCCCCUCUCUCUGUCACUGAACUCUCCCCCUCCCCUCUCUCUGUCACCGAACUCGCCCCCUCCCCUCCCUCUUUCACCGAACUCGCCCCCUGCCCUCUCCCUGUCACCGAACUCGCCCCCUGCCCUCUCCCUGUCACCGAACUCGCCCCCUGCCCUCUCUCUGUCACCGAACUCGCCCCCUCCCCUCUCUCUGUCUCCGAACUCGCCCCCUUCCCUGUCACCGAACUCGCCCCCUCCCCUCUCUCUGUCACCGAACUCGCCCCCUCCCCUCUCUCUGUCACCGAACUCGCCCCCUCCCCUCUCUCUGUCACCGAACUCGCCCCCUCCCCUCUCCCUGUCACCGAACUCGCCCCCUCCCCUCUCCCUGUCACCGAACUCGCCCCCUCCCCUCUCUCUGUCACCGAACUCGCCCCCUCCCCUCUCUCUGUCUCCGAACUCGCCCCCUCCCCUCUCCCUGUCACCGAACUCGCCCCCUCCCCUCUGCUCCUAUUCCCCUGUUUAUUUUAAAUCUCCUACACCCUCUUAAAUCUGCGCCCCCUUCCCACCUUGUUCCCCGUCUCCAGACCUCCUCCCCACCCCAGUCUCGCCAUCGCUCUGAUCCGAAAACCAGCCCUCCCCAGGUAGACGGGAGCCCGAGAUAGUGCCCCCGGUGAGACUCGGACAACUCUCUUCCUUUUCCUGGGCACCCCAAUGCAGCAGCUGCUUCCCCACCGCCCGCCUGUAUAUAUUUUUUUACCUGCUCCGGUAUUUUAUACAAACAUUGUAUAUAUUUAUAUAAAGAUCGAUAACUUGA